ACCUCUCAGAUUGAGUGAAAGGUGGUUGUGAGGUGUGCCACCAAGGACCUAUGUUCCUUAGUUCGAGAGAAAAACCAUAGCUGUCUUCAGUAUUCAUUUGGUUUCUUCUUUUUGCUACCGAUGUUGUUCACUUGGAUUUUGAGGACAACCUUUUGUCACAGCGUCAUUUGCACCAAAGCGGAGUUUUCUUUCACCAGUUGAGUUAGCACCGCCCAAGUCCUACACUCCCAAUCGAAAACUUCCACUUCACAAAAAGUCUUACAUUCUUUUAGAGCAUCUGUAUUGGAAGGCCCUUAAGGCAUCCCUUAGGGGAAGGGGGUGGGAACCGAGGAAGAAAGAGAAGGGAAAAGUCCUUAAUUAAGGGCUGUCCUUUACUCUUCUAUGAUCAAAAAAAAAAAAAAAAACAACAACAAGGGACUUUCUCUUCCUCUCUCCUCAUCCCACCAAUACAGAUGUUCUAAUGGUGAGAAUUGUGGGACCCACAAAAACUAACUGUGUUAAAAGUAUAUUUUGAGAAAUUGUUAGAACCGCCUCUAACGGUACCACGUGGCAUAUUUCUAUUGGAUUAAUACUACAUGGGCCUCAAGCUAGUCUCGUGUACUUCGUCUCCUAUUUUAGUUGUUUCGCGAAACCUUCUCUCUACGUUUCUCUACUCUAUACUUGAACCUCUCUGGGAUCCAAAGAGAAAACUUUACGUCCACGUUUGGUCUUCUCUCUCGUUAUCAUCCGAUAAAUCUCUGAGAGUUGUUUGAGUUAUUCCGCUUCUAUGCAAUUUAGCCCAGAAAAUGGGACAAGCUAAGGGAUGCUGGAUAUUACAACGAGUGGUUCCAAGUGAUAAGUCUGCAGAUUCCUACAGCGUCUCUCUUCUCUUGUCUCCUGUUGUGUCUGUUUGGGAUUGUAUCGUUCGUAAAAUGAGGUAUACCUACGUACCUGAGUGGGUGUAGUAGUCAUUGAGUUUGGUUUUGUUUUCUUCACAAGCAAAGAAAAAGCAAGUUUUUGUUUUUUUAUUCGUUAGUGUGUUCUAAAGCUAGACGAACAGAGAGGUCAUGGAUAAUAGUAGCCUAAUGCGUAAACAAGAUCAGCCGAUUGUUGGAAAUGGGAAGAAGAAGAAGAAGAAGCAAGGGAAAGAUGAAGCGGAUAGAAUCAAACAAGCCGAGAAGAAGAAGAGACGUCUUGAGAAAAAUCUUGCUGCUUCGUUAGCGAUCAGGGCUGAGCUUGAGAAGAAGAAGCAAAGGAUCAAGGAAGGACAUCAAGAAGGAGAUGAAGAAAGCUUGGCCAAGAAGAAGAAGCAGGAUAAAGACGAGCUGGAGCGUGUCAAACGAGCGGAGAAGAAAAAGAUUCGUCUGGAGAAAUCUCUUGCUAAUUCCGCAGCUAUCAGGGCUGAGUUAGAGAAGAAGAAGCUUAAAAAGCUAGAGGAACAGAGAAGAUUGGACGAGGAAGGUGCCGCUAUUGCAGAGGCUGCUGCUCUGCAUGUCUUACUUGGCGAGGACUCUGAUGACUCGUGUCGAACCAUGCUAAACCAAGAAACGGGUUUCAAGCCUUGGGAUUGUACUGCCAAACUCAAUCUUUCUGCAGGCGGAAGAAACGGGUUCUUUCCUCACCUAGCGGUUCACAGAAGCAGAGUAAGAGACUGUAACUGGUCAGUCUCAUAUGAGUCUUUUGCAAGGGGAUGUGACAGCAAUAACAUGGGAAUAUCGGCUGAUUUGAUUUCUGCUCAAGCUGUUUCAUCACUGCAGAUAUCUGAGAAUGCCAGUGUGGACGCAGUUGUCUUCAAUGGAAUGUUCAGAAGAUGACAGUAGCACCGUAUUACCGGAGAGUUACGCAUGUUUGAAAUGAUAAUUUCAUGCAGUUCAUGAACAUUCAUUAUGGCAGGAGUUAUUAGGAGUUACAUAGAAUGAAACAUCUAAAUACAAAGACGAAAAAUUGCUGUACCUUAUGCUUGGCAAUCAUCAUCUCUCUUUCACUUUGUCAAGCUUUAAGAAUACUUGAGCUUUUUUCAGCAACAAGUCUAUCUUCUUUUUCUCUUCUGUAA